AUGACUUUGACCAACGGUGUCGAAGGCGGUGGUAUUUCCGGACAAUUUGUCUCCUGCUCUAUCACAGAUGACAACCUCAAGUAUUGUCAUACCCUCUCGAGUUUGACUGAAAAAGCUAUUGAUCAAGUCGAAGAUAUCCUGAAGUCGUCGCCGGGUGAAAACAGGUACACAAACGUCAAAACGAAAAUGAUCGAUCGUCUCACCGAGUCUGACAGUUGGCGAGUCCGUAGGCUUAUGGAAAGCGAGCAGAUGGGUGAUAGAAAGCCUUCCGAGUUUUUUCGCAGUCGCAAGUCGCUUGCCACCUCAAACACUACCGAAGACUUCAUCAUACAGGUAUGGAAAACGCGCUUGCCGUUGCAGUUGCAGACAGUCUUAGCAGCUUCUAGCGAGACGGACGUGGCGAAGAUUUUGAAGCUCGCCGACGCUGUGCAUGAAGUGAAACACACGACGAGCAAACAGGUCAACGCUGUCGAUGAUUAUUCUGCACUGUCUGAGCAGAUCAAGUAG